AUUACUCCAACAUCUGUGUCCACUGUAAUAACAUUCCUCUCCAUUGUAUUAGUUUCCCACCUCCAUUAUCACUUCAAAGCCCAAGGAAAAAAAAGCUGUAAAGACCUCUCUCUCUCUUUUUCUCAAAUUUCCCAUAGAUCACCAUCAUUAUUUCUUCAUCCUCUUACACCUUUCUUUCACAGAUUAGAGACAACAUCACCUUCUUAUUAUUAAUCCACUUGUAGCUCUAAAUCCCAUUUGUUUUCCCCUGUGAAAAGUUCAGAAAUUCCCUCAAGCCCCAUUUUUUAAAACCCAAUAUCAUCUUUGUCUUGUUCUAUUCUGAUGAUUAAUAUUUUCUAAUCUACCCUGAAAUGCAUGUUACCUUUUCUGUUCUCUUUGUGUGCUUUCUACUAUCAUUUAGUUAAUAUUGUCUAAUCCAAAGUUAUGCUUUCUUCUUCAAUUUGAUUUUCCCAUGUGGUUCUUUCAUCAUUCUUCUGUAUUUUCUUUGUCAGAGUUUUAAUUGGUUUUGUUGCAGGUGGUUAGCUUAGCUGCUUGAGUUAAUAAUAUUAAAGAGCUCCAAUCUGUUGAUCUUCCUGGGUAGGCCUUGUAACUGCUUUUCUUUAUUUAUCCAUCUUGCUAUUCUCUUCUCUUUCCAAUUUUAACUUGUUAAUAGUUAAAAUUGCUUGAUGCUCUACUUCUUCUAGUUUUGUGCAAAGCUCAUAGUAUGUUUCAAUCAUUUCAAUAGGUUCUUUUGUAUAGUUCAUUAUUGGGUUGGAAUUUUUUCCUUUGUUUUCUUUGAAGUAAGUUUCAGUUUUGCUUGUAGUGCUCUUGUUUCUAUUGUCAUAUUGAGUUGGUGUUUAAUUGUCUUCCAAGUGUUUGAUCAAUUUCCCUGAAAUUUGUUCUUUUGCCUGAUCAUAUUUCGUCAUUCUUUUUUUUUUCUUCAUUGUCAUAAUGCCUCCCACUUAUUUCCCUCUUCGUUGGGAGAGUACUGGAGACCAAUGGUGGUAUGCUUCUCCCAUUGAUUGGGCAGCUGCUAAUGGCCAUUUUGAUUUGGUCAGAGAGCUCCUUCGCAUUGAUAACAAUCACCUUAUUAAGCUCACCUCUCUUCGGCGAAUUCGACGCCUUGAGACUGUAUGGGAUGAUGAGGAACAGUUUGAUGAUGUUGCCAAAUGUCGCUCUCAAGUUGCUAGAAAACUUUUUCAUGAGUGUGAAUCCAAGAAAGGAAAAAAUUCUCUCAUCCAAGCUGGCUAUGGUGGAUGGCUUAUGUACACUGCUGCUUCAGCUGGAUACUUGAGUUUUGUUCAGGAACUUCUUGAAAAGAACCCUCUACUUGUUUUUGGUGAAGGAGAAUAUGGUGUUACUGAUAUAUUCUAUGCUGCUGCCAGAAGUAAGAAUUGUGAGGUUUUCAGGAUUAUCUAUGAUUUUGCUGUUUCUCCAAGGUUUUUGACAGCAAAAGGUGGAGAGUUUGAGGAGCAUAUAGGAGAUAUUCCUUCUCUAUACAAGUGGGAGAUGAUCAAUAGAGCUGUUCAUGCUGCUGCAAGAGGUGGGAAUUCAACCAUUUUGAGGGAGCUUCUAAGUAAUUGCAGUGAUGUCUUGGCUUAUAGAGAUAAGGAAGGAGCAACUAUUUUACAUGCUGCUGCUGCCAGAGGUCAGGUUGAGGUAGUUAAAGAUCUUAUAGCCUCCUUUGAUAUCAUCAAUUCAACAGACCAUCUAGGCAACACAGCAUUGCAUAUUGCUGCUUAUAGGGGUCAGUUAUCUGUGGUUGAAGCUUUAAUUGUUGCAUCUCCUUCAUUGAUCUCUUCAACAAACAAUGCUGGAGAAACUUUUCUUCAUAUGGCUGUGUCUGGUUUCCAAACUUCUGCCUUUAAAAGAUUGGACCGGCAGAUUGAGCUUAUGAAGCAGUUGAUUUGUGGGAAAUUUUUCAAUGUGGAAGACAUCAUCAAUGCCAAAAGCAAUGAUGGAAGAACUGCACUACACACAGCCAUCAUUGGGAAUGUUCACUCUGAUCUCGUGCAGCUCCUCACGUCUGCUCGGUCAAUUAAUGUUAAUAUUCCUGAUGCAGAUGGGAUGACGCCUCUUGACCUUCUUAAGCAACGGCCACAUUCUGCAUCUUCGGAUGUAUUGAUUAGGCAGUUGAUUUCAGCAGGUGGGAUAUUUGGCUGUCAGGACUAUACGGCAAGAAGAGCCAUUGCGUCCCGUUUGAAGAUGCAAGCUUAUGGAGUCAGCCCUGGAACAUCAUUCAGAAUCUCUGAUGCAGAAAUAUUCUUGUAUACAGGUAGUGAGAUUGUUUCUGAUGCUAGUGCUGAUCCAGGAAGUGAAGAAAGGAUUUCAGCUUCAACUGAACAUCUUGACUCGACCAAUGAGAAUCAGAGCUCAACAACUAGUAGGAAGUUAAGUUCUGUGAGUAAUGCAGCACAGCAGUUAAAAAGAGUCCUCCAUUGGCCCAGUCUGAAAGGGAAGAAACCUGAAAGAUUCAAGAACUCAAUGGAUCAAGUUUCUGUUGAAUCAUGCAAGCAAUGCAAUUGUGCAGAAGAAACUCCAGCCCCACUUCGCCAGAGAUUCACGAAGGCCCCAUCCCUUCCUAACAACAAGAGGACACUUUCUGUUAGGAGUAAUCAAUCAAGUCCAUUAGCCAAAAAGAAAUUUGCUGUAGGCACAAUGCAUGGUGUUAUGCAGGCUAUGCCACAAUUAACUGUUCAAGGUCGAUCGCGCUCGAGUUCAUUUUCAAAAUCAUCCCCAUCAUCUCCUAGUUCAUUGGAUAAACAAAAAGGUGUAUUUAUCGACAAUGAUGUAGCUGGGCCAUCAUCUUCCAAUCAAUCAUUUGAUGAUAGAACACCAAAUGUGACUGGGAAAGAAGGCUCCACAACGAAUAAGAAGUUGAGGAACCAGUACUUCUGUUUCGGUACAUCCGGCCUUUCUGUGAAAACCCCAGUUAGCCGGCCACGACAAACCCAUAGUUCAAAUGCUUCUGUUGUCUCAGUGGCUUGAUAAGAAAGGAGUACAAAGCUGAGAGCCCAGAAGAAAGCAAGAAGCAGACUGCCUAACUUAGAGGAAUAUUAACAAGUUCUCUUAGAUUUCUUGCACGUUUUUUCCUUUGUAGAAUGUUGUCUUGUUUGAUAUGAGUAGGCCAAGUAAUUGUACCUGACUUUCUCUAAAGCACAUCUUGUGCUUUUGUGGUGUGAAAGCCGUGAAGAAAUGUAAUGUUCUAAGCUGUUGAGCA